AUGGGCGGCAAUGUCGCAGUUCUCGACGUACAGGACAAACCUACCGCAGAAUUUUACACACUUGGAUCGCGAUUUGGGGUCAAAACUUUUUAUAUUCAGACAGACGUUACCAAGCAAGACAGUCUGAUUAAGGGUUUCGAGGCUGCACUUGCUUCACUAGGAACCAUUGAUGGAUGUGUUCCGGCAGCAGGCAUUGCUAUUGACAAGCCAUUUGUUGAUCAAACCUGGGAUGAGUUCACGCGGAUCCAGGAGAUCAAUGUCCGCGGAACGUUUUUCAUCGUGCAAUUAGUCGCCAAACAGAUCAUCAAGCAAGGCACCGGAGGUAGCUUCGUCCUGAUCGCCUCACAAUCCUCGCACAUUGGCCUUCCGGGAUAUAGGAUGGCGGCUUACAACGCUUCCAAAGGCGGCAUACUCAUGCUGUCGAGAGCCCUGGCCGUGGAACUAGCCAAGCACAAGAUCCGCGUCAACACCAUAUCGCCGGGCUUCGUAGACUCUGAGAUGACAAGGAACGUGCGCGCUGCAAAGAGCAAGCGAGAAGGAGAUCAAAUGUGGCUCGCACCCCCAUUGCAGCGACUCAGCACGCAGAAUGACCUGACUGGAGCCAUUAUCUACCUCCUAAGCGACGCUGCCAGACACACCACGGCGACCGAUAUUCCUAUCACGGGCGGUCUUCAUGCAGGCACCAUUGAUGGUGUCAUUAGCCACGAAGAAUGA